CGCCUUACAGUAAUGAAUCCAAAAGAAGAAAUAAUGACAAAAAAAGUCGUGCAGAGCAACUGCAGUGGCAUUCUGUAGCUCCGACCAGAAGCUUUAAGUUUACGAUUGAACAGUUAUAUAGAUUCGUUACAAAUCUAGUAAUAACCUCACAGACUCUUAUUUUCUAAAGUCCAUGAACCGGAAGCUGAGCUUGGAGUGAUAUCUGAAGAGAAAGCGCGAAGAGGAACCAGGAAGCUAAGCUAUGCUAAGAUGGCGACGUUCACUAAACGAGAAUGCGGAAGUGAAUCAGCGCUGCUAACUCCCAGCAAAUCCAAAAAGCCCCAAACUGCAGAUAAUGACGUCCAGCAGCCAAUCGGUCAUCAAUACGAACUUCCCACUCAGCAGCGCGUUUGGAGCUCCGCUUUCAAGCAGGAAAAAACACAGCCCCCGCAUGUUAGAGAAGAAGAAGAGGAACUCUGGAUCAUUCAGGAACGGGAGUGUCUUCUUGAGCCGGAGGAGGCUGAUGUCACUAAGUUGCCACUGACUGGUGUCUCUGUGAAGACCGAAGACCUUGAAGACAAACCAGGUGAGUCUUCACAUUGGUUGUGUCCUUCAGACAUCGAGGAGAUGAUUGGUCAUCAAGAAGAAUGUCCCACUCAAUGGUGGAGCUCCACUUUGAAGCAGGAAGAUCCACAGUCCCCCCACAUUAAAGAGGAAGAGGAUGAACUCUGGAUCACUCAGAAGGGAGAGUUCCUUCUCCGACCGGAGGAGGCUGAUCUCACUAAGUUGCCACUGACUGUAGUCUCUGUGAAGACCGAAGACCAUGAAGACAAACCACCUGAGUCCUCACAGCUUCAUCACAGUCCAAGUGAGGAGAACAGAGGGGCGGAGCCACAACACAUGACAACAGAAGCUGAUGAAGACCACUGUGGAGGAUCCCAAGCAGACAACCUCUUAGCUCCGCUAUCAGAUAGCGAUGACGUAACAUCACACUCUCCUGAAGAUGCAGAAACGGACAACACCCAAGAUGCGAGGACUCCCACUGACAACAAACACUCUAAACGUUUAAAAAGAAAGACAGGUCAAAAAUGUUAUAUAAGCUCGAUUCCCGCUGAGACGUUUCCUCAAAGGUCCACUUUGACUCAGCACACAGAAAGUACACACAAAGGAGAAAAACCGUUCAGUUGUGCAGUUUGUAACAAACGAUUCUCUCAAAAGUCAUAUGUGGCGUUACACAUGGCAAAACACACAGGAGAAAAACCAUUUAGUUGCUCAGUUUGCACUGAAAGCUUUUCUACUAGAUAUUAUUUGACUCAACACAUGAUAACACACACAGGAGAAAAACCAUUUAGUUGCUCAGUUUGCACUGAAAGCUUUUCUACUAGAUAUUAUUUGACUCAACACGUGCUGACACACACAGGAGAAAAACCAUUUAGUUGUUCCGUUUGUGGUCAAGGCUUCCUUCAAAAGUCACAAAUGGUAUCACAUAUGAGAAAGCACACGGGAGAAAAACCCUUUCGUUGCUCAGUUUGUAGCGCAAGCUAUGUUAUCAGAAGCAGUUUGACUUAUCACAUGCUAAAGCACAAAGAAGAAAAACCUUAUAAUUGUUCCGUUUGUGGUCAAGGCUUCCUUAAAAAGUCACAAAUGGUGUCUCAUAUGAGACAGCACACAGAAGAAAAACCUUAUUGUUGCUCAAUAUGCGGUAAGAGCUAUCAUUUCAGGAAUAGCUUUAAUUAUCACAUGACAACCCACAAAGAUGAAAAACCUUUUGGUUGUUCUGUUUGUGGGCAAAGCUUCCUGGAGAAGUCACAAAUGACAUCGCAUAUGAAAACGCACUCAGGGGAAACACCGUACAGUUGCUCGGUUUGUGGUGAAUCGUAUUCUAACAAAUGUAGUCUGACGUAUCACAUGGUGAAGCACAAACAAAAUAAACAUAUUAGUUGCUCCGUUUGUGGCAAAGGAUUCGCUAAAAAGUCACGUAUGUUAGUGCACAUGCGGAAGCACACAGGAGAAAGACCUUUCAGUUGCUCUGUCUGCGGUACAAGCUUCUCGAGACGUGAAAAUAUGGUGGCACACAUGAGAGUACACACCGGAGAGAGACCCUUUGGUUGCUCGGUUUGCGGUGAAAGCUUUUCUCAGAAGAAGCGUCUGACUUACCACAUGCAGAAACACAAAGCUAAAAAGCCCUUGAGUUGCGCAGUUUGCGGUAAAGGUUUCUCUGGGAGACAAGCAUUGAUAAAGCACUCAAAAGGUUGUCAAGCACGGUUGGGGUCCGCUUCAGAAACCUUUUUGCAACCAAGCAGACUUUGAAUGGUCUUUCUAACAAUAGAUCAUCAAUGCAAUUGGUAUCAUAUAUAGAAAUAUGACAUGUGAGUGUCACUUUUAUCUGUACAAUAAUACAGAGAGACUAUUACUUUGCAAAUGUCUCUACCAUAUGACCUGUUGUUAAAUAUACGAGAUGUUCAGGAUCACUUUACAAUUUAAAAAAAAAUAUUAUAAAGGCAGUUAAUGAGCUAUGCUAAAAUUGUUCUAUUUGAUCUUUGGGUAUCAAGGUUGGUAAUUUGUGUCUUUCGGGCACCCUGUUUAUGAAUUUUGUUCUGUUAAAUAAAAGGGAUGGAGCAAUCUCCCGGUUUCCUCGUUCAGAAAGGCACAACUUCUAUCACUCUCACAAAGACAGGAAGUCCCACACGGUAGACACGCUUAUUCUAAAUGCUGCAUCAGGGCAAGUAACGGCCGAUAUUGAAAUUGUGCUUUUUUUGCUGAUGUCAGCUGAUGUCGAUUGGUGAUAAUUAUAAUAAUAAAUAAUAAUUUCUAACAUUUUUGGUUUUGAAAUCUGUAUAAAGAGUAUAAAUUGACAGUGGAAGGUUAUGAUGCCAUCUUGUAUCAUUACUGAAACUACUUUGUGCUAUCAUGACCCUGGACUCUGAAUAUAGUUUAUACAGGACGCAUUUUUCUUUAAAAAAAAAUAUGCGUUAUUUUUUACCAAAAAUGAUUGAUCAAUUAAUUUCCCAAAUAUUCGUAUUACUCUAAAACAGGCCUCAAAUUAAAUUGACUUUUGUACUAGUUACAGAGUACCAUUGGACUAAAGAGGUCAGGUAACAAAAGGAAGCUGAACAUUUGAAACUCUCAACUGACGUGCUCUCAGAAACUGUUGGUCCAAAGUCAAUGGUGGCCCAAGCAGUCCAGCACCAUACCUUCAGAAAAGUCAUUGAGUACUUAAAGGGUCAUUGAUAUGAUUUAUUGUCCUGCUUGUUGUAAGAUGUUCAUAUAAAUAUGUAUUCCCUUUUGUAUAUAAAAAAUCACUGGAUAAUUCAGUGAUUUAUUUUAGUGUGGAAAAACUCAUUUUAAAGUGGACAUAUUAUAUUAUUUUCCACUUUUCUGACCUGCAAAUGGAGUUAGAAUGUUAUAUUCUCAUGCCAAAGUUUCAGAUAAUGAGGUUUGCACAUUAGGAAGUGAAACUGAAAGAAGUUUGGGGUGGCUCAAAACGCUCGCUUUCAGAGGGCGUUGCAGAACUGUUCGUUUGUGAUGUCACAAAGGAGCGACGGCGGCCAGGUGAUGUUAUCUGAAUGCAAUAGUAAGUUAUAUUACCUGAACACUUCACCACAAUACCAAUUGGUAUCACAUAGAACAUAGAUGAGUGUAAGAAUAUAUAUAUAAUAUAUAAUAUGCAAAUAUAAUAUAAUAUUAUUUAAUAUGAAAAUAUUCUAAAAAGUCAUUGCUUGCUUAUGGUGGGUAAUUAGUGCCAGACAAAUAAUAAGUGACUUUCUAAAAUACAAUCUUUACCAUUAUUUGAGCCCUGCAGAUGUGAAAUACACUCUGAUUACUCUUUCUUCACACUACAUUGCUUCAGCUUCAAGCACCUUGAGUUAACUAGUUAGCCUUUCAAUUUAUUUACUGUAUUACUAAACUUAAGAAAGGGUUUAAAACAGAGAGUGGGCAAGACAAACAAAGAAACCCCCCCAAAAAACAUUACCACUUCCACACUGAUUGGGAGGAAAACAUAUUUUCACUCGAUUUCAAGAGUCAAGACAGAAAUGAGGUAAAUAAAAAAAAAAGUAUCCAAUAGUUUUUAUUCCACAGACAAAAGUUAUUCUGCAGAAGAACCGACUCUCUGAGGGUCCUUUUUUUUUUAUUAGCGAUUUAUAUAAUACAUAAACAUAUCAAAUUGUCAGUAUGGUAAAUAUUGGUGUUACAUUUACAAUGCACAUAUCCAUCCUUGUACUUAUAUAAGCAUGUGUUACAUGCAAUAGAACCGCUACACUAGUACUAAUACUAAUACUCGUACUACUAACCGAGGCGUCACUACAUCAGGGCCACAGAAAUGAGAAACUAAUUCACUUACCUCCUUAUCACAUGACACUGUUAUUUAAUUUCUAUAUCUAGAGGAGUCAGAGGAAGUAGAUUUUACAAAGGUUACAGCAAGUUAUCAUCCAUAAUGUAUAUGUACAAUUAAAUAUAAUAAAGCAGUCUGAUCCCAAAAAUAUAGUCAUAUCAUCGACUCGCGAGAAUCUGUUAUGACAAACUCAACAACGAAAAGGUUUUUCCUCCUGGGUGUGCGUUCUCAUGUGUCGUACCAUAGCUGACUUUUGAGAGAAUGUUUUCCCGCAAACAGAACAACAGAAAGGUUUCUCUCCUGUGUGCGUUCUCAGGUGUGCGACCAUAACUGACUUUUGACAGAAUCUUUUAUCACAAACCGAACAACUAAAAGGUUUUUCUCCUGUGUGCAUUCUCAUGUGAGACACCACGUUACACUUAUUAGCAUAAGCUUUACCACAAACGGAACAACAAAAAGGUUUCUCUCCCGUGUGCGUUCUCAGGUGUGCGGCCAUAACCAACUUUUGUGAGAAUCUUUUAUUACAGACUGAACAGCUAAAUGGUUUUUCUCCUGUGUGCAUUCUCAUGUGUGACACAAAGCUAUACUUUUUAUAGAAUCCUUGACCACAAACAGAACAAGCAAACGGUUUUUCUCCCGUGUGUUUCAACAUGUGACAACUGUAACUGUAUCUGUGAGAAAAACUUUCGCCACACACCGAGCAACGGAAGGGUGUUUCUCCCGUGUGUGUUCUCAUGUGUGUCAGCAUCAUUGACUUGAGAAGGAAUCCUUGACCACAAACAGAACAACUGAAAGGUUUCUCUCCUGUGUGUUUCAGCUUGUGAUAAGUCAAACUGUUUCUGCGGGAGAAGCUUUCGCCACAAACGGGGCAGCUAAAAGGUUUUUCUCCUGUGUGCGUUCUCAUGUGUGAGACCAAGCUUGACUUGUGAGAGAAUCGUUUACGACAAACCGGACAACCAAUCGGUUUUUCCCCAGUGUGUGUCGGCAUGUGUUGAGUCAAAUCGUAGUUAUUAGAAAAGCUUUUAGCGCAAACGGAGCAGGUCUUCUGGACAUCGGGAUGAUGCUCUCCCACCUGGGUGGUCCAGAGUUCCUUGUGGUCCUCUUUAAAGUUGGAGGGGUGUGGAUCCUCCCCCUUCAAAGUGGAGCUCUCCCCCCGCGAGUGAAGUGGGUGACCAGUCAGCUGCUGGACAUCUGAAGGACAAAACCGAUGAAAGGACUCAGAUGGUCCGUCUUCAGGGUCUUCAGUCUUCACAGAGACAAGUUCCUCCUCUUCCUCUUUAAUAUGAGGGGGCUGUGGAUUCUCCUGCUUCAAAAUGGAGCUCCCCUCUUGAGACUGAGGGGGAUGACCGAUCUGGACAUCUAACGGACCCCAACAAUGGAAGGACUCAGAUGGUUCCUCUUUAUGGUCUUC